CUAGGCCUGAGGAAGGGGGUGGCAGAGGUGCUGGAGGCAGAGAAGCCGCCCAAGCACAAGGUCAACACCAAGAUCCACCCGUUGCUCCGGUGCAACCUAGCCUUGGACCCUCUAGGGAUGAGCCUAGAGUGUUUGGCCUUGACAAGUUCAACGGUGACAACUUUGCUGAGUGGUCUUUCAAGAUGGAGAACAUCUUUGACCACUAUGAUCUGCUGGAGGUGAUGGAAGGAACGGAGAAGCGCCCCGAGAACGACCCGGAGAAGAGCCCGUGGGAGUUGCAAGCAUGGGCCGUGGGCACGGCCGUGGAAGAGGCAGAGGGCGAGGAGGAAGAUUUGGCAGCAGUAACUUCAGUGGAGGCCGUGGUAAUGGAGGAUAUGGCAGCAACAACAACAACAAUGGCUACGGGCGUGGGCGGUACAACCCUUCGAACCCUCUUCGCCGCGGCGGCCAUCAAAGGAUGGGUGGUGAAGCAAAUGGAUAUCGUAACGGCCUUCCUCAACGGCGUUUUGGAGGAAGAGACCUACAUGGAGCAGCCAGAGGGGUACAAUGAUGGGAGGUUCAAGUGUGUGAAAGGACCAGCGGAGGAAAGUGUUGGUGAAGAGGAGAGGCGCCGUUUUCACUCCUUGGUGGGCAGCCUCAUGUAUGCGGCUGUUCAUACAAGGCCGGAUGCAGCCUUUGCUACCGGGCAGCUGGCUAGGGUUGUCCAAUGCCCUAAUGAAGAGCAGGUAGCAGCUGGAGAGAGGGUGGCCAAGUACCUUGGCCAAACAGCAACUGUUGGACUGCAAUACUCCGCGGCGGCACAAAGGCGUCAAAAGGGUGCGGAUGGAGUCGAACCCGGGAGGCUCUUUCUCACCGCGUUCUCUGAUGCAUCUUGGGCAUCAGAACCAGAGGACAUGACAAGUGUGGGAGGCUUCAUCUGCUGUGUGAAGUGGCAUUGGGUGAGGAGCAUGGUAAUCGCGGGUGAAGUGGAGUUGCACUACGUGAAGACGACGGCGCAGCCAGCUGAUAUGAUGACCAAGAGGCUGGUUGAGCAGCAGCAUUGGAAGUGUUGCAAGCUUGCUGGGAUGGCUCUGAACUAAGAGGAGCAGAUUAUAAGGCCAACAAUCCG